CUUAGGCAACAGAUAGAUACCUAUAAAUACCUAUCUUCUCUCUCUAAAUUCCCCUACUCUCUAAUAAAUUCCCCCUUUCUCUGCUGGCCCGGUUCGGUGUUCGUUUUGCCUCCAUUCAAAAGCUCCUUCUCUCUGUUGGGUAUUCUCUCAAAACUCCUCCUCUCUCUAUAAGCUCGCAAAAUUCCUCCUCUCUAUAAUCUCGCAUUGUACGUUUCUUUUGCUCCUCUCUCUCAGCGCACUUUUAACAAUGGAGAGCCUGAGUGACGACAAGCAAAUCUUGGUGGCUUCUUUUAUGGAAGUCGCGGGUGGUGAAUCUACCAAGAUUGCUCUGCAAUUUCUUCAGGCUACAAACUGGCAGCUUGAGGAUGCCAUCCAAUUAUUUUUUGUUGGCAAUGAUGGAAAUAAUACCAAUACCAAUGCAGAAUCAUCUUCCUUUUCACCACCAAAGGAAACCAAUCAUUCGCCUCUUCAUGAAAGUGAACAAGAAAAGGAUGCGAAGUGGGAGGAAUAUGUCCGACCUCCUCUUCCUGUGAAACGGGAAGCUUUGUAUGCAGAUUCAUUCAUGUAUGGCCAAAGAACAUUACACCCUCCUCAUCAACCGGUCGCAUUUCGGGACUUUGAGGAAGAGGCAAAAAACCCCAGUGUCUGGGGAUCAGAACAAGGGACAUCUGGGGCCCGAGAUAAUCUUGCUGCACUGUAUCGACCACCUUUUUCCUUGAUGUAUCAAGGAUCUUUCGAGAAGGCAAAGAUCGAUGCUUCUAGGCAGGGUAAAUGGCUCUUAAUAAAUAUCCAGUCAACCAAAGAGUUCAGCUCACACAUGCUGAAUAGGGACACUUGGUCAAAUGAAGCAGUGGCUCAGACAAUCCGAACUACAUUUGUCUUUUGGCAGAUCUAUGAUGACACUGACGAGGGAAGAAAGGUUUGCACGUAUUACAACUUGACCAGUAUCCCUGUUGUCCUUGUAAUCGACCCUGUUACUGGGCAGAAAAUGCGUGGUUGGAGUGGCAUGGUUGGACCAGAUCGUUUAUUGGAGGAUCUGGUGCCCUACAUGGACAAAGGUCCCAUGGACCAUCAUCCCAUCCCUCAUAAACGUCCAAGAGAAACUACGCCAGCUGCUAAAGCAACAUUGCAAGAUAAGCAUACGGAAGAUGAGGAUGAAGAAAUUCAACGUGCCUUUGCUGCCUCUUUGGAGGGCAUGAAAGAGCCUAUGGUCCCUUCUAAUGGGGGUGAUAAUAGGGAAACUGAUAGCGAGGCAAAGGUAGAGCAGACUUGCCCUAGUACUACGAAGCCAUCAUAUCCUCCUCUCCCUGAGGAGCCAAAGGGUGAUAGAAGCCUUCUCUGUAGAGUUGGUGUGCGCCUUCCUGAUGGCCGUAGGCUUCAGAGGAACUUUCUCCGAAAAGAUCCCAUACAGUUACUGUGGUCUUUUUGUUGCUCUGAAGUGAAAGAAGCCAAUAUACAGCCCUUCAAGCUAACACAGGCUAUCCCCGGAGCUUCAAAGUAUUUGGACUACAACAGCAAUCUGACCUUUGAAGAAUCUGGCCUCUUGAACUCCAUGAUUUCACUAACUUGGGACUGAUUGCCACAAUAUCUGUGACCCUGUGCCCCCCUUUUUUCAUAUUUAUUUGGGCAGAUCUUUUUGUUCUUUGGUUCCCUCUAAAUUUAUCUUGUCCUGUCAUUUUCUUUAUUUUUUGCAAAUGCUUGUUCAGUUUUUUUAUUUAUAGAAAUUUAAAGUCUCUUUGGUCUUGAAAGGGAGAACCCUUGAAAUACUUUUCUCAAAUUGAUACAAAACCAAAAGAGGAAAUGUUGAUUUGGGAGAUUAUGUCUAAUGUUUGCAUUGCUCUUCA